AUGUCUGACCCCAAAGAAAAGUCAGUCAAAUUUAAUUUGAAUGAUGCGUCUUUAAAGCAUGUUGAUGGUAAUAUGUCAUUUGUCACUUCUUCAGAUGCCGAAUUGCAGUCCUCUCGAAUCGAGCGCGAUACUUCAAAUAAAAUGGAUUCUCAAAAAAAAAUGCCUUUAGAAGACGAUUCGACAUUGGAAUCCGAAAAAAACAGUCAAUGUGAUAACGAGAUACCAAGUGUGACCGUGGAAAGCCAUAUUGAUGAAAUGCCGCGGCGCCCAAAGUAUACGUUUUGCUAUGAAUGUGGGAAAGAAAUACCUAUUGAUGAGUGGCCCGAUCACCGCGAUCGCUUAGACAGAGUAAUGUUGGUUGAACAAGUGAGCACUUUCCACAAGACAAUUAUCCAGGUGUUUGGCGGGUUCAUCAUGUGGAUCCUAAAGAACGUGUAUUUUCGUGAAGUCACUAUUGUGGGUGAGGAAAACAUACCUCCAGCCGGUGCUGUAGUGUUUUAUGGCAAUCAUCGAAAUCAAUUCAUCGAUGCGCUUAUGAUCGCUUCUAAUUGUGAUAGAAACCCUCGCUUUAUCAUGGCGAAAAAGUCAUAUAUUAAGGGAUUAGUCGGCUUUUUUGGUCGUAUGUUUAACGCCGUUCCGGUGAUCCGUCCCCAGGAUGUCCCGCUAACACCCGGUAAAGGGAGACUUGUGCGCAUGGAUGGCGUUGUGGUGAUCGGCGAGGACACACACUUUACGACGACCCUUGGCAAAGGUGAUGUGAUUAUGUGGGCCGCACCGCCUCAUGACCGAUGCACCGCCCAAAUCAUUCGCAUUCAUUCCGACACCGAGAUCGAGGUGACCGUUCCGAUUCAAACGGACCACUACCUUUCUCAGCCCACCCAUUACCAAGUCUCGAGGCGGAUUGAUCACUCAAAGAUGUACGCCGAUGUCUAUGACACGCUGCAGAAGAAUCACUGCAUCACGAUCUUCCCCGAAGGCGGCUCCCAUGAUCACACCUCGCUUCUUCCUCUGAAGGCCGGGGUGGCGCUGUUCUCCUUGGGUGCGGCCGAGCGCCACAUCAGCGUGAAGAUCGUCCCCUGCGGGUUGACCUACUGCUACGGGCACAAGUUCCGCAGUCGGGCCUACCUGGAGUUUGGCAAGCCCAUCACCCCCCCGGAGGAACUGGUGACAAUGUUCAGUACCGAUAAGCGCAAGGCCACAGGGGUGUUCCUCCGCCAGCUCGAUGACGCCCUUCGGGCCGUGACCAUUAACGUUCCGGACUGGGGCACUUUGAAUUUCCUGCACUCGUUUCGUCAGCUUUAUCAACCGGUUAACUGCAUGCUAUCGGCGGGGGACUACUUGUUGCUUAUGCGUCGGCUUAGUUCGUUGAUUGAUCAGGAAAAGGAUAACCCGGAGUUGAUUGAGUUUCGUUCUAAAGUUACAAACUAUCAUGAGCUUUGCGACGCUCUUUUAGUGCGGGACAGUCAGACGGCGACACUCAAGCAUCUCGUUGAACCUGGAAAGGAAGGUGCGAAAAUUCGUCUGCUCCUUCGAAGGGCAUUUGCGCUGUUUUUAAUGGGUGUUAUACUCAUUCCUUUUUUUAUUAUUGGCCUGCCCAUUGGAUGUAUUAUUAAGUACUAUUCCAAUAAGAAAGCUAAACUGGCUCUAUCGGAAAGUAAAGUCAAGUUGGUCGGCGCAGAUGUCAAGGGUUCCCUAAAACUCACGGCUGGGUUUUUCUUAGUGCCCCUAGCUGUUCUAUUCAUUACAUUUUUAACCUUUUUCUUUACUGACUUACGAACCUCUCUUGUGAUUCUUUUUUCACUUCCUAUGGCACUGUAUGUUUCCUUGAUUAUUCUUCAAGAAGCUAUUAUGGAGCUACGUGCAGCUCUCCCCCUUUUCAUGUCACUUAUUGCAAAGCAUAAACAAUUUAAUAAUCUCUACAAGAAGCGUCAGGAGUUGGUUACUGAAGCCAAAUUUAUCGUGUGUAAAUAUUAUCCAAAGCUAGACAAAGAAAUGGAAGUUUAUACAACUCAAGUAGCCGGAAGUGAUGAUGAUUUGGAACGGGAGCCGUCCUUAUUUUCUUUAAGGUACAAUGUGCGGCGUCGGCAAGCCACUAAGGCAUAA